CUGUACUGGACACUGAAGCUGACAUUGUGCUCGUCCUUGUCAGAUUAGGCCAAUCAAUGACCAAAACUGAAAAGAAGAAGAAGAAGAAGAAGAAGAAGAGGAAGAGGAGGAGGAGGAGGAGUGGAAGGAGAACUGAGGGAUGUGUCUGUGUUUGUUGAGGGGGGGUUGGGAGCAGCUCCUCCCAUAAUUAAGUUAGCGUGCUGCGCUGGAGGUCCAUGUUUACGGGGCAGACGAGGGAGUUUCCUUCACUCCGUGGACGGCUCUGAGACGGCAGCAUCGAGCUCCCUGCAUCUGCAUCUCAUCCCCUCUCUCUGGUUAUUUCUGCAAAUCAUCCCUUCGCUGCGCACACGGGCAACUCAAGGACGAGGAGGAGAGAGGAGGAGGGGGGGGACGAAGGAGAAAGAGGAGAAAGAGGAGAAGCAGCAGCAGCAGCAGCAGCACCUGCCUAACCCUCCACCUCCGUCCCGUUCAUCUCUGCUGUUGCAGCCGCCGCCGCCACCACCGCAUCAUCAUGUGCGACUGUUUCCAUCUGGCUUUCCCCAACUGGCACGCUGCCUCGUCAGCGACGGGAGCUGGUCGGAGGCUCCGGGGACCAGAGGCAGCUACAGAAGACGACUCAAUAUGUGAUGAACCGUCCCAGUUCACAGAGGGGGAGAGACCACGGCCACAAGGCUCAUCGCCCGUCGAGGAGUUUCCUGAAACGGAGAAAUACGGCGACAGUGAGUGUGAACUAGAGCAUGACCCACAACUCAAGAGUGGGAGUGGAAAGAAAACUAAAAAGUCUGGGCUCGGGUCCAUGUUUGAAAAGCGCUCGACCCCAAAGAUGAGUAAACUAAAGGAGGUUCACAGCCCCGAGUCUGAGGUGAUCGUGAAAACAGCCAAAGAGGGAUGUGCAGAGGGUCUCGUUUAUGGUGGCGGAGGGAAAGAUGGAAUCUUCAUUAAGCAAGUGGUACCGGAGUCACCUGCAUCAAAAAGUUUGAAACUGAAAGAAGGUGAUCAGCUUCUCAGUGCCACUGUGUAUUUUGACAAUGUGUCAUACGAGGAUGCCAUUCAAAUUCUGGAGCACGCUCAGGCUUACAAAGUAAAGCUCUGCUUGAAACGCAAACCAGACAUCGCAGACACUGAAGCCGCCGUCGGAUCUGACAUCAUCCCUGAGGAAGAGCUCUACGCUCCAGAGAUGAGGGAGCAAGGGAAAACCAAGAGUCGUGGAGAUGCCCGCAUUUCCUGGCCCAAGUUCUCCUCCUUUGGAAAGGGACGAAAAUCACGUUUUACGAGAUCUCACAGUUCCUCGGAGGCUGAUGAGCAGAGGAAGCUCGAGCUUAGCCCAACGACAAGUGACACCGAGUCACCUAUAAAAUCUCAAGAUGCUCUCAAAGGCAAGAAGAGGCAUAAAAUGAAGCUCCCUGCUCUGAAAAAGAGAGGCCGCAUAAGUUCCUCUGAAGACCAGGACACAGAGGCACCAACAACAGGCCAGAUCAGUUUUGACACUCAUCAGACAUCAGAUAUGAUUUCCCCUGAGUGCCUUGAAAGCCCCUCAGGAGCAAUACCACAAGUCUAUGUGACAGAAGAUGUGAAAGUAAUGGAUGACUUUCAUGAAGCUCAAACCGGUCAACACAAGGUGGAACUCAUAACUAUUGACAGCACACUGAAAACAGCCGAUCUGAAUGUGGCACUGGCAGAUCCAGAAACGCCCCCUGGUGUCAAGUCCCCUGAUGGUAAGAAAAAGAAAAAAGAAAGGUCUGAGUUAAAAAUGAAACUCCUCGGGAAGGACAAACCACACAAGAAGGAUGCAAAAGCAAAAUCCUCACCAAAAAGGCUCAAGACACUGGGUGCAAGUUUUGAAAUAGCAGAUCAACCUGAAACUGAAAAGCCAGAUACCAUCCAAAGCCUUGAGUCACCCACCAAACAGUUCGAAGAUCAACCUGCACUGGACACCAACACCCAAAUUAUCUCAACAACGCCAACAUCAAAGAUGGAAAUUAAUAUACCCAAGGUGGAACUGGAUGUGUCUAAUGUUAUGCUUAUACAAAAAUCUCCAAAGAAAAGUGAACAAAAAUCAAAGAAAGGCAAACAAAAGCAAGAAACAGGAUUCAAAUUGCCUAAAAUAGGUUUAAGUGACAUUGAUAACGAGGGAGCUAUACAAAAAGUGAAUGUAAAUGUUCAAGAAUUCACAACUAAAAUUGAGUCAUUCACGACCGACGGUACAGAAGAUCCUUAUGAGAGACUGUCAAAGAGCGCACAGCUUCCGAAACGUGAAGACAUUGUGAUCCCAGGCAUGGAAGACAGGUCUAGGAGGACCACAGCCAAAGGAAUUAAAGAGCCGAAGGCUUUUUUUAAAGGACAACAUGAAGACAUUCAAGCUGAAGCUGUACAACUGUCAAUUGAUGUUGACAGUGUGAAAGAGGCUGUUUCAAAACUGCCUGGAUAUAAGCUGCCUAAAGUCGAUACAUCUGGGGUGCCUAUUCCUGAAGAAAUUACUGUGAUAGACGCAAAUGCACAAAGAAUAUCAGUGAAAACUCCGACUAAAGUUGUGGAUACAAAGACAAAACAUGAGGCACACUUCAGGAAGUUUGACAUAACUGCCUCUCCACAAAGCUCCAAGACGACAGUCAAACUACCAAACAUCACAUCUACUGAUCUAAUCUCAGAGGAACUUUUAACUGAGACUAGAGCAAAUUUUGAAAAAUUUCAAAAGGAGCACAAAAUCACUGAAAGCAAGAAACAGAUUAAAAUUGAGAGCUAUAAUAGAGAAGAUAUUAUCAUACCUGGAAAAGAAACUGCACAAGAAACAUUCAUCCUUCAGACAAAACAAACACAAGGCACAGAUGGUGCCAGCUUUGAAUAUGAAUCUACAAUCUUUAAAGAAUCAGAUAAGAAAUCAAAGGCAAAGAUAACAAUGCCAAGCUUAGGGAUAACAAAACCAGACAUAAGGAUUCCAGACAUUGGAAUUCAUUUGCCAAAACAAAAAGUCUCAGAGCAAAAAGGUGAUGCAGCAAAAGAAGAAAAUCUUACAUGGCAAGAGGAAAAGGUGCAGAUUAGAGGAGCUGUGUCUGAUGUCAAAAUACCAGAAAUCGACGGCAUUGAAUUUAUUGAUUCAGUGGAUGGUUCACCAGCCAAAAGCGAUGGCGGAAUUAAGUUUACAGGUGUUGAUGUUCAUCUGGAUGCAAAACCAAAGGCAGACAUUUUAAUUCCAGACAUCCAAGGGGAAGUAAAAGAUGUUGAAGCUAAAGAACACAAAGUUAAACUGUCCAGAUUUGGAGCAACAACUCCAGACAUCAAUGUAAAUAUUCCCGACAGAGAUAAGGAUACAAACCUUGACGGCAUUGACAUAAAAUCUCCUGAAGGAGAAGGAAAAAAUAGCAAGUUUAAAAUGCCAAAUCUUGGCAUCUCCAUACCAAAGAUGAAAGGACCAAAAAUUGAUUCAAGCCCAUCAAAGAAAAAUGUAGCUGUCACACUACCAGAGACAAAGGCUGAGGUCAAACUCAGCCCUGGGAAUAUCCCUGAAACUGACAUUACACUUGGUGGUGCAGAUGUUUCUUCACUGGAGGUCAAAAAGCCUGAACUGGAAACAAAACCUCUAGAUUUGGGAGGUGACCCAGAUGUGCAAGGAAGCAGGUUCAAAAUGCCAAGAUUUGGAAUCAAAAUGCCCAAAAUAAAAAGCCCUGAACUUGAUUUCACUUUUUCAAAGAAAGAUGCAGAUGUCAAAUUACCAGAGCCUAAAGGUGAGGUCCAGCUCCCAGAAGCUCCUGAGAUGGACAUUACAAUUGGUAGUGCAGAUGUUGCUUUGCCAGAGCAAACGUUGGAGGUCAAAAAGCCUGAACUGGAAACAAAACCUCUAGAGUUGGAAGGGGACCCAGAUGUGCAAGGAAGUAAAUUCAAAAUGCCAAAAUUUGGAAUCAAAAUGCCCAAAAUAAAAAGUCCUGAAUUUGAGUUAAGCUUGUCAAAGAAAGAUGCAGAUGUCGAAUUACCAGAUGCUCAGGCUGAGGUCCAACUCCCAGAAGCUUUUGAAAAUGAUGUUACUCUUGGGAGCAUAGAUGUUUCUAUUCCAAAGCAAAAGAUGGAAGUAGAAAAACCUGAAGUGGAAGUCAAGACUGAAGGUGAAUCUGAUGGACAAGGAAUCAAGUUCAAAAUGCCAAAGUUGGGAAUUUCUGUGCCAAAAGUAAAAGGGCCUGAAUUUGAUGUAAACUUAUCAAAGAAAGAUGUGGAUGUGAUGCUACCAGAAGCUAAAGGGAAAGUCCAACUCCCUGAUGUUGAACUAAAGGAAUCCUAUGAUAAAGUAGAAAUUAAAGCUCCUGAAAUUAAAGUUGCAGAAAAGGAUACAGAUGGAUCACCAUCAAAAUUUAAAAUGCCAUCUUUCAAGAUGCCCAAAUUCGGGAUUGCAACUUCAAACGUCAGUGCUGAAGUAUCUACUAAAAUCAAAGACACUCAAAUUCCUGAAAGAGAGCUGAAAGCAAGUGAAGAAGGAUUUGACAUGGGAACAGCAGAGACUCAUACUAUAGGUUCAACUGUUGAUGUGAAGUCAACAGCACCUGACAUUGAUGGAAAGAGCAGCAAGUUCAAAAUGCCAAAAUUUGGAAUAUCACUGCCAAAAGUAAAAGGUCCAGAAAUUGAUUUAAGCUUAUCAAAAAAAGACAUCACAACAACAAUGCCUAAAGCUGAAGCAGAAGUAAAACUUUCUGAUGUUGAAUGUACAGAGCCUGCUUUACAUCUAGAGGCCAAAGCCCCAGAGUUUCCAGUUCACCAAGAUGCUGAAGGGUCACCAUCCAAAUUUAAGAUGCCAACAUUUAAACUACCAAAACUUGAAACUGAAACUACAAGCACCUCUGUGGAAAUAUCUGGUAUGGACAAAGAUGUAAAAAUAGACGGAGCUGACAUUAAUAUUUCAGUAGAGGGGCCUGCAGUUAACAUCGAAUCCCCCAGCAUUGAGGUUUUAAGUCCUUCAACAGAAGGAGCCGAACAUGACGUAAAAGGAAGCAAGUUUAAAAUGCCACAACUGGGAUUUUCUCGGCCAAAGGUAAAAGGACCUAAAAUUGAUAUCAGCUUACCAAAGAAAGACUCUGAUGUCAAACUUCCGAAGGCUGAUCUUGGAGAAGUAGAUGUUUCAACUAUAGAUGCUAAGAUAAAAGUUCCAGAAGUCAAAGUUCCAGAAUCCACUAAAAUUGAUGCAGAGGUUAAAGCAGAUGACACUGAAAAAUAUGGCGGGAAGUUUAAAAUGCCAAAGUUUGGAAUAAAAAUGCCAAAAGUGAAAGGCCCUGAAUUUGAUUUUAACCUGUCGAAGAAAGAUGUAGAUUUCACACCAGAAGCUAAAGCAGACAUCGACAUCCCUGAUGUUGAAGUGAAAUCAUCUUCUGCAAAAGCAGAAAUUGAAGCUCCUGAGCUUGAAGUUGCAGCUAAAGAUAUAGAAGGAUCCUCUUCAAAAUUUAAAAUGCCAAGUUUAAGUCUUUCUUCAACUCAAGUCAAAGGGCCUGAAAUAAAUGUAAGCUUACCAAAGAAAGAAACAGACAUCACUUUGCCCGAGAAUGUAGCUGAGGUCAAAGCCUCUAAAAUCAAUGUCAGUCUUGGGAAAGCAGAAGUUUUGAUACCUGAGGCAGAAGUGGAAGUUAAAAAACCUGAAGUCCAAAUCAAAACUUUGCAGACUGAUGGUGAACUUGAACGAGAAGGAGGUCAUUUCAAAAUGCCAAAGUUUGGGUUCACAAUGCCAAAAGGGCCUGAAAUUGACUUAAACUUAGCAAAAACAAAUGUUGAUGUGACAUUUCCAGAAGCAAAACCUGAGGUCAAACUUGAAAAAUUUAAAGUUGAAGGAGAUGCAAGGACAGAUGUGGAAAUCACACUACCAGAGGCCAAAGCAGAUGUUAGUCUCCCUGGUGCAGACAUUAAAGUUCCUUCUAUGAAAGGGGAAAUCAAAACUGUUGACACUGACACUCCGUUGAGCAGUGUGAAAGCAUCACAAUCAAAAUUUAAAAUGCCAAGUUUCAAAUUUCCCAAAUUUGGUGCCACUGUGCCACACAUGACUGCUGAUGUACCUGAAUCAGAUACAGAGAUGGAAAUCAGUGGAGCUGAGAUUCACAAAUCUAUCCCACAUGCAGAUUUUCCUGUUCCUGAAAUUAAAGCUGAGGUGGAUAUGCCAGAUGUUGAAGUCAAAGAGUCACUGGCCGGUACUGCGUUAGAGCUACAGGCAGGUGUUGAGAUUGAAGCAAAACAGAAAAAAUCAAAAUUUUCAUUGCCCAGAUUUUCUUUUUCAAAAUCAAGUGUUAAGUCUCCAGAAGCUGAUGUCAGUUUUCAAGAUGUGAAUGUUGCUAUUCCAGAAGGAAAGGUGGAAAUAAAAGAGGAAAAAGUUGAUAUAAAACCACCAGAAUGUGAAGUUCAAGUUGAUGAGAAAGGAAGCAAAUUUAAAACGCCACAGUUUGCAAUCACUAUGCCAAAGGUAACAGGCCCCAAAAUAGAUUUAGGUUUAUCAAAGACGGAUGUAGAUGUAUCACUACCGGAAGCCAAAGCUGAAGUCAAACUCCCUGAUGUCGAACUGAAGAAACCUUCUGCUGAAGUUGAAAUUAAAGCACCUGAGAUGAAGAUAAAGGAUAAAGAAGGAUCACCAUCAAAGUUCAAAAUGCCAUCAUUUAAACUUCCCAAAUUUGGGGUCAGCACUCCAUCUGUAACAGCAGAAGUACCUGAUAUGGACAAAGGCAUUAAAAUAGAUGGAGCUGACAUUAAGAUUCCUGAGGAGGUUCUUGCAGUUGAAAUUACAGCACCCAGCAUUGACAUUGAAGGUCCAUCAGUAGAUGUGAAAACUACAGGAACUGAACUAGAAGGAAAAGGAAGCAAGUUUCAACUUCCAAGUCUUGGAUUUUCAGGGCCUCAAGUCAAAGGGCCCAGCAUUGAUUUAACUUUACCAAAGAAGGAUGUAGAUGUGACACUACCAGAAGCCAAAGCUGAAGUCAAACUCCCUGAUGUCGAACUGAAGAAACCUUCUGCUGAAGUUGAAAUUAAAGCACCCGAGAUGAAGAUAAAGGAUAAAGAAGGAUCACCUUCAAAGUUUAAAAUGCCAUCAUUUAAACUUCCCAAAUUUGGGGUCAGCACUCCAUCUGUAACAGCAGAAGUACCUGAUAUGGACAAAGACAUCAAAAUAGAUGGAGCUGACAUUAAGAUUCCUGAGGAGGUUCUUGCAGUUGACAUUACAGCACCCAGCAUCGACAUUGAAGGUCCAUCAGUAGAUGUGAAAACUACAGGAACUGAACUAGAAGGAAAAGGAAGCAAGUUUAAACUUCCAAGUCUUGGAUUCUCUGGGCCUCAAGUCAAAGGGCCCAGCAUUGAUUUAACUUUACCAAAGAAGGAUUUAGAUGUGACACUACCAGAAGCCAAAGCUGAAGUCAAACUCCCUGAUGUCGAACUGAAGAAACCUUCUGCUGAAGUUGAAAUUAAAGCACCUGAGAUGAAGAUAAAGGAUAAAGAAGGAUCACCAUCAAAGUUCAAAAUGCCAUCAUUUAAACUUCCCAAAUUUGGGGUCAGCACUCCAUCUGUAACAGCAGAAGUACCUGAUAUGGACAAAGGCAUUAAAAUAGAUGGAGCUGACAUUAAGAUUCCUGAGGAGGUUCUUGCAGUUGAAAUUACAGCACCCAGCAUUGACAUUGAAGGUCCAUCAGUAGAUGUGAAAACUACAGGAACUGAACUAGAAGGAAAAGGAAGCAAGUUUCAACUUCCAAGUCUUGGAUUUUCAGGGCCUCAAGUCAAAGGGCCCAGCAUUGAUUUAACUUUACCAAAGAAGGAUGUAGAUGUGACACUACCAGAAGCCAAAGCUGAAGUCAAACUCCCUGAUGUCGAACUGAAGAAACCUUCUGCUGAAGUUGAAAUUAAAGCACCCGAGAUGAAGAUAAAGGAUAAAGAAGGAUCACCUUCAAAGUUUAAAAUGCCAUCAUUUAAACUUCCCAAAUUUGGGGUCAGCACUCCAUCUGUAACAGCAGAAGUACCUGAUAUGGACAAAGACAUCAAAAUAGAUGGAGCUGACAUUAAGAUUCCUGAGGAGGUUCUUGCAGUUGACAUUACAGCACCCAGCAUCGACAUUGAAGGUCCAUCAGUAGAUGUGAAAACUACAGGAACUGAACUAGAAGGAAAAGGAAGCAAGUUUAAACUUCCAAGUCUUGGAUUCUCUGGGCCUCAAGUCAAAGGGCCCAGCAUUGAUUUAACUUUACCAAAGAAGGAUUUAGAUGUGACACUACCAGAAGCCAAAGCUGAAGUCAAACUCCCUGAUGUCGAACUGAAGAAACCUUCUGCUGAAGUUGAAAUUAAAGCACCUGAGAUGAAGAUGAAGGAUAAAGAAGGAUCACCUUCAAAGUUCAAAAUGCCAUCAUUUAAACUUCCCAAAUUUGGGGUCAGUACUCCAUCUGUAACAGCAGAAGUACCUGAUAUGGACAAAGACAUCAAAACAGAUGGAGCUGACAUUAAGAUUCCUGAGGAGGUUCUUGCAGUUGAAAUUACAGCACCCAGCAUUGACAUUGAAGGUCCAUCAGUCGAUGUGAAAACUACAGGAACUGAACUAGAAGGAAAAGGAAGCAAGUUUCAACUUCCAAGUCUUGGAUUUUCGGGGCCUCAAGUCAAAGGGCCCAGCAUCGAUUUAACUUUACCAAAGAAGGAUGUAGAUGUGACACUACCAGAAGCCAAAGCUGAAGUCAAACUCCCUGAUGUCGAACUGAAGAAACCUUCUGCUGAAGUUGAAAUUAAAGCACCCGAGAUGAAGAUAAAGGAUAAAGAAGGAUCACCUUCAAAGUUUAAAAUGCCAUCAUUUAAACUUCCCAAAUUUGGGGUCAGCACUCCAUCUGUAACAGCAGAAGUACCCGAUAUGGACAAAGACAUCAAAAUAGAUGGAGCUGACAUUAAGAUUCCUGAGGAGGUUCUUGCAGUUGACAUUACAGCACCCAGCAUCGACAUUGAAGGUCCAUCAGUCGAUGUGAAAACUACAGGAACUGAACUAGAAGGAAAAGGAAGCAAGUUUAAAUUUCCAAGUCUUGGAUUUUCAGGGCCUCAAGUCAAAGGGCCCAGCAUUGAUUUAACUUUAACAAAGAAAGAUGUAGAUGUAUCACUACCGGAAGCCAAAGCUGAUAUCAAACUCCCUGAUGUUGAACUGAAAAAACCUUCUGCUGAAGUCGAAAUUGAGGCACCUGAGAUGAAGAUGAAGGAUAAAGAAGGAUCACCUUCAAAGUUUAAAAUGCCAACAUUUAAACUUCCAAAAUUUGGAGUCAGUACUCCAUCUGUAACAGCAGAAGUACCUGAUAUGGACAAAGACAUCAAAAUAGAUGGAGCUGACAUUGAGAUUCCUGAGGAGGUUCUUGCCGUUGACAUUACAGCACCCAGCAUUGACAUUGAAGGUCCAUCAGUAGAUGUGAAAACUACAGGAACUGAACUAGAAGGAAAAGGAAGCAAGUUUAAAUUUCCAAGUCUUGGAUUCUCUGGGCCUCAAGUCAAAGGGCCCAGCAUUGAUUUAACUUUACCAAAGAAGGACGUAGAUGUGACACUACCAGAAGCCAAAGCUGAAGUCAAACUCCCUGAUGUCAAACUGAAGAAACCUUCUGCUGAAGUUGAAAUUAAAGCACCCGAGAUGAAGAUGAAGGAUAAAGAAGGAUCACCAUCAAAGUUCAAAAUGCCAUCAUUUAAACUUCCCAAAUUUGGGGUCAGCACUCCAUCUGUAACAGCAGAAGUACCUGAUAUGGACAAAGACAUCAAAAUAGAUGGAGCUGACAUUAAGAUUCCUGAGGAGGUUCUUGCAGUUGACAUUACAGCACCCAGCAUCGACAUUGAAGGUCCAUCAGUCGAUGUGAAAACUACAGGAACUGAACUAGAAGGAAAAGGAAGCAAGUUUAAACUUCCAAGUCUUGGAUUCUCUGGGCCUCAAGUCAAAGGGCCCAGCAUUGAUUUAACUUUACCAAAGAAGGAUGUAGAUGUGACACUACCAGAAGCCAAAGCUGAAGUCAAACUCCCUGAUGUUGAACUGAAGAAACCUUCUGCUGAAGUGGAAAUUAAGGCACCUGAGAUGAAGAUAAAGGAUAAAGAAGGAUCACCUUCAAAGUUUAAAAUGCCAUCAUUUAAACUUCCCAAAUUUGGGGUUGGAACUGCAACAGCAGAAGUACCUGAUAUGGACAAAGGUGUCAAAAUAGAUGGAGCUGACAUUAAGAUUCCUGAGGAGGUACUCGCAGUUGAAAUUACAGCACCAAGUAUUGACAUUGAAGGUCCGUCUGUUGAUGUGAAAACUACAGGAACUGGACUAGAAGGAAAAGGAAGCAAGUUUCAACUUCCAAGUCUUGGAUUCUCUGGGCCUCAAGUCAAAGGGCCCGGCAUUGAUUUAACUUUACCAAAGAAAGAUGUAGAUGUGACACUACCGGAAGCCAAAGCUGAAGUUAAACUCCCUGAAAUGAAAGAUGCUUCUGUCAAAGUGGGAGCUCCUGGAAUUGAUCUUCAGACAAGUAAUAUUGAAGGAUCACCAUCAACAUUUAAAAUGCCAACAAUAAAAUUACCAAAAGUUGGAGCUGCUUCUCCACAUGUUAGUGUGGAAUUACCUGAUAUGGACAAAGACUUGAAGGUGGAUGGAGAAAAUUUAAAAUUACAAGAAGCUAAAGCGGAACUUCCUGAUAUUGAAAUGAAAGAGCCCACAGGUUCAUUUACUAUACCACAGGCACAAGUAGUAGAAGGUGAAGCCAAACUGAAAAAGCCAAGCUGGACAAUGCCAAGAUUUUCAUUUUCAAAGGCAAGUAGUAAGACCUCUGAGGAUGAUACCAACCUUGAUGUCCCUAAAGUUGACGUUAAACUACCAAAGGCAAAAACAGACAUGGAUCUUCCAGCUGCUGACAUCAAAGAUACAAUAGAGGGGUCAGCUUCAGUAGACACUGCUGCAAAACUGAAAAAGCCAAGGUUUUCCUUACCCAAAAUUUCAUUUUCAAAGCAAAGUAUAAAAGAGCCCGAAGUUGAUGUCAGUCUGCCGAAAGUUGACGUUUCUCUUGCAGAAGGUAAUGUGGAGGUUAAACAACCUGACAUUGAGUUGAAAUCAUCAGAUGGUGAAAUAGAAUUAGAUGGUCAGGAAAGUAAGUUUAAAAUGCCAAAGUUUGGUAUCACAAUGCCCAAAGUGAAAGAUUUAAACAUAUCAAAAACACACAAAGAUGUUGUACUCCCAGAAAUCAAAGCUGAAGUUCAACUGCCGGAUGUUAAAAUAGAACAACCCUCUGCCAAAGUAGAAAUUGAGGCACCUGAGAUUGAAGCUCAAGCAGGUAUUGUUGAAGUCUCAUCAUCAAAACUUAAAAUGCCAACCAUCACAUUACCCACAUUUGGAGGUCCUACUCCAAAGAUCAGCAAGAGUGUACCUGAUAUGGACAAAGGUGUCAAAAUAGAUGGAGCUGACAUUGAAGUUCCUGAGGAGGUUCUUGCAGUUGAAAUCACAGCACCAAGCAUCGACAUUGAAGGUCCAUCAGUUGAUGUAAAAACUACAGGAACUGAAUUGGAGGGAAAAGGAAGCAAGUUUAAAUUUCCAAGUCUUGGGUUUUCUGGGCCUCGAGUCAAAGGGCCCGACAUUGAUGUAAAUUUAUCAAAGAAGGAUGUAGAUGUGACACUACCAGAAGCUGAAGCUGAGGUCAAACUCCCUGAUGUUGAACUGAAGAAACCUUCUGCUGAAGUUGAAAUUAAAGCACCUGAGAUGAAGAUGAAGGAUAAAGAAGGAUCACCUUCAAAGUUUAAAAUGCCAACAUUCAAACUUCCAAAAUUUGGGGUCAGCACCCCAUCUGCAACAGCAGAAGUACCCGAUAUGGACAAAGGAAUCAAAAUAGAUGGAGCUGACAUUAAAGUUCCUGAGGAGGUUCUUGCAGUUGAAAUUACAGCACCCAGCAUCGACAUUGAAGGUCCAUCAGUCGAUGUGAAAACUACAGGAACUGAACUAGAAGGAAAAGGAAGCAAGUUUAAAUUUCCAAGUCUUGGAUUUUCGGGGCCUCAAGUCAAAGGGCCCAGCAUUGAUUUAACUUUACCAAAGAAGGAUGUAGAUGUGACACUACCGGAAGCCAAAGCUGAAGUCGAACUCCCUGAUGUCGAACUGAAGAAACCUUCUGCUGAAGUUGAAAUUAAGGCACCUGAGAUGAAGAUGAAGGAUAAAGAAGGAUCACCAUCAAAGUUUAAAAUGCCAACAUUCAAACUUCCAAAAUUUGGGGUAAGCACUCCAUCUGCAACAGCAGAAGUACCUGAUAUGGACAAAGACAUCAAAAUAGAUGGAGCUGACAUUAAGAUUCCUGAGGAGGUUCUUGCAGUUGACAUUACAGCACCCAGCAUCGACAUUGAAGGCCCAUCAGUAGAUGUGAAAACUACAGGAACUGAAUUAGAAGGAAAAGGAAGCAAGUUUAAAUUUCCAAGUCUUGGAUUUUCGGGGCCUCAUCUCAAAGGGCCCAACAUUGAUUUAACUCUACCAAAGAAAGAUGUAGAUGUGACACUACCGAAAGCUGAAGCUGAAGUCAAAGUCCCUGAUGCUGAACUGAAAAAACCUUCUGCUGAAGUUGAAAUGAAAGCACCUGAGAUGACGGUGAAGGAUAAAGAAGGAUCACCAUCAAAGUUUAAAAUGCCAACAUUCAAACUUCCCAAAUUUGGGGUCAGCACUCCAUCUGUAACAGCAGAAGUACCUGAUAUGGAUAAAGGCAUUAAAAUAGAUGGAGCUGACAUUAAGAUUCCUGAGGAGGUUCUUGCAGUUGAAAUUACAGCACCCAGCAUUGACAUUGAAGGUCCAUCAGUAGAUGUAAAAACUACAGGAACUGAACUAGAGGGAAAAGGAAGCAAGUUUAAACUUCCAAGUCUUGGAUUUUCUGGGCCUCAAGUCAAAGGGCCCGGCAUUGAUUUAACUUUACCAAAGAAGGAUGUAGAUGUGACACUACCAGAAGCCAAAGCUGAAGUUAAACUACCCACAGCUGAGGACAAAGAAGCUGAGGGAGCUGCUUCAGUACCUGAUGCUCCAACAGUUGAGGCUGAAGCCAAGCAGAAAAGACCAAACUGGACAUUUCCUAAAUUUUCACUUUCAAGGACAAGUGGUAAAGCCCCUGAUGCUGAUGUCAACCUUGAAACACCCAAAGGCGAUGUGUUAUCACCAGAAGCCAAAGUGGAAGUCUCUUCACCAGAUGUUGAAGUCAAAGAAUCUUCAGGGGGUGUUGCCAUGGAAGAGCCCCCUGCAGCAGAACUUGACACAUAUUUGAAAAAAUCCAGAUUUUCACUGCCUAGAUUUUCAUUUUCAAAGUCAAGCAGUAAAGAAACCGAACUGAGUGCUGAGGUUCCACGGGUUGAUGUUUCCCUUUCAGAGGGACAAGUAAAAGUCAAACACCCUGAAAUGGAUAUUAAAGUGACUGAGAUUGAAGCUAGACAGGAUGGACAAGGAGGAGCAUUUAAAUUGCCAAAGUUUGGUAUUUCACAACCAAAAGCUAAAGGACUUGAAGUUGGUUUAAAUGAAUCAACAAAAGAUGUAGACAUCACACUGCCAGAAGUUAAAGCAGAGGCCAAACUCUCCGAAGCUCAAGUCAAAGAAUUUUCAACUGAUGUUGACAUUAAAGCUUCUGAGGCUGAAGCUAAUUCAAAAGAUGUUGGAGGAUCGCCAUUAAAAUUUAAAAUGCCAACACUUAAAAUGCCAAAAUUUGGCAGCGCCUCUUAUGAUGUUACCACAGAAACACCUAAGGCAGAAGUACCUGAGACUGAUGGAGCAAAGGAGGAUGUUUCAGUGACCAUAAAAGGUCCAAGUCUUGAUAUUAAAACAGACGUUUCUAAAGAAUCGAGUUCUGACACAGCAAAAACAGAGACUGAUGGUGUGGGUCUUGUAUCUCCAAGUAAAUUCAAACUGCCAUCCUUUAAAAUGCCACGGUUAAGUUUUUCAAAACCUAAACCAGAAGAUGAAUAUUCCCCUGUUGACACUGAGGAUAAAGAAUCGGAACUGAAAGUUGAGCCGAAAGGAGAGAGUAAAUCUCCAAAAUUGACACUGAAAUCAUUUGGUGAUAUUCUCAAGACGAUUGAUGUUGAAUUUGAUGUUCCAAAAGUGGACGAAGACAAAUCUGAAACGCCUAAGGAAGUUCAUGAAACACUGGAAAAGCAGUUGGAGGCAAAAGAAAUAACAACCAAGCAAGAGACUACCAAAAGUCCUGAGAGGACCGGCUGGUUCAAAUUCCCCAAGUUCGGCCUGUCUUCCCCAUCAGAGCAGCCCAAGAUUUCAGAAGACAAUCAAAAGGAUGAAAACAGCCCAACUGGAGAAACAGGCAAUGAUGAACUAAGCCCCUCAGGUUCUGUCCAGUCAUCAGAUGCUUUUGCUGAUAUCAGCUCUGCAAUCACCAGCGAGCAUGCUGGUCUGUCCUUAUCUUCUCCAACUAAGGUAACUGUCAAAUACUCUGAUCCCAAUACUGCUGCUGGGCUUGGAGAAAUGCACAGUAACAUCAUUACUUCCACAACGAGAACUGAGCUGAUCCCAGAGGUGCCCAACUUGCCUGAGAAAAUCACCAUUCUGUCAUCCGGAGUUUCGUCUUCCUCAGAAGACACACUCCAACUGCAAUCUGGAAAAAUACACAUCAUUACAACAAAUAUACAAGCAACCCCGGAAGCUCAACACGCCACACUACUAACUCCUGUCCAAAUCCAGUCAGUCGAAGGCCUCCCUUUAGAAUCUCAAGCGAACGAAGCUGCAUCGUGGAGUGUGGAAGAAUCACAAAGUGGCAAGAAAACUGUGUUUGAGAGGCACGUAGCUAGCAAAACGUCAAGUGGAGUAGGUCAGAGCGGAGAAACGAUUGUUAUAACUAAACAAAUCACGCGUGUGUUUGACUCUUCUGAGCCAAUCUCAGGUGAGACGGCUUCGUCCAUUCAACGACUCAGAGACUCUGUGCACUCUGAGAAAAUGAAAUUCUUUGAUGGAGCAGAGAAGUGAAAUAAUUUAUCUGAAAAAAUUUACCUGAGAAGAUGUUACUUGUUGUUGUUGCCGACGUUGCCAUAGUCAGGGGAUGUAGGACUGGACCGGUAAAAGGAAAACGUUUUUUGCCACGUUUCACUAAACCCCAUCACAGCAAAUAACUUGCAGUGGUGAUGUCUGGUUGCAUGUUGUUGACCUAUAAAGAAAUGGAUUCACGUAACACACAGUGACAAUGUGAUUAACAUGUUAAUAAGAUGUUUAAAUGAGAGCCAUUACUGCAAAUCACCAAAUAUUCUUGCUUUAAAAAUGUCUCAUUUCGUAGUUUUUAAAUGUACAAUAUUGACCGAUUUACUUGUGCUCUUACUCUAUAAGAUAAUCACCAGUGCAUUUGAUGGAAAAUAUCAGAGACUGUUGCAAAAACCAAUCAAUGUUACUGACAUUCCAAUGUAUGUUUACAGUAAUUUCACUAUAAAACUGACAGUAGAGAACAGCUACAAUACCAUAAUGCAGUAUAUGGCAGUAAAAAUGUACAUGUAUCACAAAAGAUGUUGUUUUUGCCAUAGCUUAAAUGUUAACAGACAACAGCAAACGCAAAGCUGAAAUGAAAUGCUCAUGAGUGGACACGGCUACUGUACUGCUGCAACUAUAUUUUUUAAUUAAUACUUUGCUACUUACAACCUAAUUUGCUACAAGAUAGAUCUGUAUGUUCUCAUUCAAUAUCUCUGUACAAAGUGGGAAUAUUGAACUGUCUGUGUAAAUAGCUCUUAAUAAUGUUUUACGAUUACUGCUCCUGUUUGUAUUCCGACAGGCUUUAACUUAACAUGUCUGCAAACUUAUACACAAUGAAUAAAUACUAUUAUAUGCAAAACAA